UACAUAAGCCUCGAUUGGCUCUGCAUUCUGGUGGCAGUGACCGUCGUUAGCUCUCCUUCACUCUUUGUCCCACAGCAACAGCCCAAUCCAACUCAACUCAGAAACGUAGCACCCUGCGGUGUUUCAAUUAGUUUAUGUCCAGUUUUCUAUAAAUUUAUUUCAGUUCUCUGCUUAUUAAUCCUUUCUAGUACAGGAUUCGUGAGUGUGUCUGCGGGAUACUAGUUUGUUGUUCGUUCGGAGCACAUGUCUGCGUAGAGCGGAGCUCCUAGAUCUUCACACUUGAGUGCUGUGAGGAGAUUGAAUCGCGCAGCAAUGGCAGGUGCCAUGGCUGGCUGCGGUGCAGUGGCGAGGUCGUGGAUUCGCGGCAACCUGAUUGGUGCGGGAGCAUUUGGGAAGGUGAACCUGGCGGUGAACCGGGAGGACGGGGAGGUGUUCGCCGUGAAGUCUGUGCGCGUGGAGGAGGGCAGCGGGGACGCAGGGGCGCAGGUGUCGCUGCAGGCGCUGGAGAACGAGAUUGAGAUUCUGCAGAGCCUGGAGUCGAAAUUCGUGGUGCGGUGUUUGGGGAGCGAUUGGACGGAGGAGGGCGGGAAGUUGAUGCGCAACGCGUACCUGGAGUACAUGCCGGAGGGGUGCCUGACGGACUUUGUUCGGCAGUUUGCGGGCGCGGGGAGCGAGCCGCUGGACGAGCAUCUGAUUCGGACGUACACGCGGAGUAUUGUGGAGGGGGUGGAUUACUUGCACAGGCAGGGGAUCGUGCACUGCGACAUCAAGGGGAAGAACAUUCUGGUGGGGAACGGGAGCGUGAAGCUGACGGAUUUUGGGUCGGCGAAGCGGGUGGGCGCGGAGGGGAGGGUGUGCGGGAACGGGAGCGGGGGGUCGCUGGGGCGACUGAACGGGACGCCGCUGUGGAUGGCACCGGAGGUGGUGCGACAGGACGAGCAGGGAUUGGCGUCGGACAUCUGGUCGCUGGGGUGCACGGUGUUGGAGAUGGCGACGGGGAAAGCGCCGUGGAGUCAUCUGGCGAACCCGUUCGUGGCGAUGUUUCAGAUUGGGUACAAGGAUGAGAUUCCGGCGGUGCCGGCGAGCCUGAGCUCGGAGGCGCAGGACUUUUUGAGGCGAUGCUUCGAGAGGGAUCCGCGGAAGCGAUGGACGAGCGGGGAGCUUUUGGAGCAUCCGUUUUUGACGACGCGGCAUGUGGCGAAGAAGGUGGAGGUGGAGGUUGGGGAGGCGGAGCGGAGGGAGUGUGAUGGGAGGUUGGUGGAGGAGAUGAAGGAGACUGUGCCAAUUCUGCGGAUGCCGUCGUUUUUGAAGCGGGGGCUGGUGACGGAGGGGAAGGUGGAGGAGUCGGUAGGGAGUCGGGGGUAUUCGAGCUCGCCAUUUGCGAUGCCGAUGGAGGGGGAGUGGAUCGUGGUGCGAUCGCCGUCGGAGUCACCGCGGUCAGGCAGUCCUUCGCGCGGUCAACGUUCGGUGUCUACUGCUUCCUCAGAGCCAGAGGAAUACACAGAAUUUAACAUUGACGAAAGUGUAGAAGAAGCAUUGAGUGUCGACAAGGAAGUCGAGGUGGCGACAGUGUUUUUUGUAAAGGAGCAAAUGAGUUCGUCUAGCAGCAGUCACUUUUUUCCGGAGCAGUGCAUCAUUAGCAUUGAUUCCGAGUCAGCAGUCGAAGAUGUAAUGUUUAGCACGGGGAGCGUUUGUACAAAAGAGGACUUCGAAGGACACGAUGGUGCGCGUUCCGAAAGGAACCGAGAAUCCGGCGUGGAUUUGCUGGGUGGUCACGGAAGCUCGUCAGCUUUGCGACCACCUGCGAAGACGUCUGAGAUGGAGAACAGUGGAUUUUGUAUGGAUUUUAGGUCUUUGCAGUAUUUGAUUCGGCUACCGCAGUUAAACCGUUUUGGAAUCUCUGGUUUAGAGAUUUCUAGCUCCAGUUUAGGAGUUACAGUGCUUAAGUCGCUGUUUUUUAUGCUCGGUCCGGACGGGACCGAUGAUCACGAGAGUAGAGAGUGUUUGGAAGGGAGCAAUGAGGAUACGAGUGGUACGAACAUGGGAAAUGUACUUCCCUGGAAUUACUGUACAGUGUUGCCACGGUUUACUUGUAACAAUAUUUGGAAGACGUUGAGGGUACUCUUUUCCACUACAUGGGGAUUUUUGUCUAUACUUCUUGAUAGGUGUGCUGGAUUAUUUGUCUGUUUUGUUUUUGAUAUUCUUGUUGAUUGCCAUUUCGGUGGAUAUGAAGCCCUAUCCAACUCCAGUGAUAAUUAUUUUUCUUUAUUGUUUGCACUGCUCCAGACGCUAUCCCAGUCUCACUGCUCGAGUACCUUUGGUUCACAUUUAUGUAAUCCAAAAAUGUUAAAAACACCUUCCUGUAAUCUCUUCAGGUGUUGCUUUUUGAGGAGGCUGUCACUUUCUUCAGCUUCAAUUCUGACGUGA